AUGCCACGGAUCUCCCUCACUAGAGGGAUCAAAGCCGGGGAUGGACUCCCUAUUUCUGCUGAGCCAAGACUGACUCAUGACAUCCUUGUAUCCCGCACGUCGGUCCGGCCAAAAGCCUGCAAUCAAAUGACUGGUAGGUGCAAGGGAGGCGGUUUGGAGUCGCCUCCAACAAAUAAGCUCCACAUGUCCACUCCGGGAGAACGAAAGUUCUCCCAGAAACUCAUGGGACUAGAGGCUUGCAACCUGCCUGUGGGAAAGCCUGGUACGGUAGCGUCAGGUAGGACGGGGUUGCAGGAGUCAUGUAGGCUACCAAAACGGAAAAGGACUAGGAUGGCGAUCUGUACUUAUAACGCACGUACGCUUGCAUCGGAAGCGGCCAUCGAAGAUCUGAUGAUGCAAGCCAAGAAGAUCAAGUACGACGUCAUCGGACUGACCGAGACGAGACGACACGUCACCCUCUCAACGCCGUUUAUGAAACUGGAGAAGAACUGUUCUUAG